AUGAAAUCCUCUCUCUUUCAUCUCUUGGCUUUUGCCUCCAUUUCCUUCUUCGUUGUCUUCUUCUCAACCUUCCCAGUAACAACCCAUUUCUCCAUCACACACUCAAAUCACUUGCAGGUUGUCUCCCACAUCUCACUCCCACCAGAAAUCCCUCCCACUGACCCUCCAUCUCCAUCUCCAUCUCCCUCUCCAUCACCUUAUGAGCCUACUGCAGUUUUCAGUGUGCUCUCUUACGGUGCAGUUGGGGAUGGUGAAGCAGACGACACUUCAGCUUUCAAGAUGGCAUGGGACAUUGCCUGCAGCCAAACACAAUCCGUGAUCCUCGUAGCUCCAGCUGGUUAUCGCUUCAUCGUUCACUCUACUAUCUUCACUGGACCUUGUCAAACUGGCCUCAUUUUUCAGGUAAAGAUUGAUGGAACCAUAAUGGCACCGGAUGGACCGAGAUCAUGGCCGAAAUACUCCGACAAGAGACAGUGGUUGGUGUUCUACAAUGUCACAGGCAUGACAAUGCAGGGUGAUGGUGUUGUAGAUGGGAGAGGACAUAAAUGGUGGGAACUCCCCUGUAAGCCUCAGAAAUUUCACUUUCAGGCGAUUCAUGGAACAAAAGUAGCUCCUCCCCCCUGUGAUAGUCCAGUUGCGAUAAGGUUCUUCAUGAGCUCAAACCUCACAGUUCAAGGAUUCAAAGUGCACAACAGUCCUCAAUUCCACUUCAGGUUCGACCAAUGUCGAAAUGUCGUGGUGCGAAAGCUCGACAUCAACUCGCCUGCUUUGAGUCCUAAUACAGAUGGGAUUCACAUCGAAAACACCAACAACUUCAUACUACAGAGUUCUCUCAUCUCCAAUGGAGAUGACUGUGUGUCCAUUGGAGCAGGAAGUUAUAAUGUUCACAUACAGAACAUUACCUGCAGCUCGGGCCACGGGAUUAGCAUUGGCAGCCUAGGGUCCCGUAACUCAAAAGCCUGUGUAUCGAACAUCACAGUGUCUGACUGCUUCAUCCAUCAGUCUCAGAAUGGUGUACGAAUCAAGACAUGGCAAGGAGGGUACGGCUCGGUAUCCCAGGUCAAGUUCCACAACAUCUGGAUGGAAGGUGUCCGAAACCCUGUGAUCAUAGACCAGUACUACUGCCUCUCCGGGAACUGCUCCAACCAGACCAGUGGAGUCUACAUACAUGAUGUCUCUUACUCAAAGAUCCGGGGCACGUACGAUGUCAGGAGCCCUCCAAUGCAUUUGGCCUGCAGCGAUUCGGUGCCCUGCAGGGACCUCAAGCUGUCGGAUAUAGUGUUGGUCCCCGGAGCUGCUGAUGGUCGAGUAGGAGAGAAGAACCCAUUCUGCUGGAAUGCUUAUGGAGCAAACCAGACGCUCAUUGUCCCCCCUGUUUCUUGCUUGAUGGGAGGGAGUCCAGAUUUGAUCAUGGACUUGAAGGAUGAUCUUUGUUGACCUAACUUUAGCAACCAUUUUGGAUUCCAGCAAACACAAAAAGAAGAAGAAAAAACACUAGGCCUUGACUUGGGAACGGGGUGCCGCCACAUCUACUAAAUGGCAACAUUCAGUAGUAUGAUGUACAAUCUUUCUCGGCACAAAAUAGAAAUUGCAGACUAUAUAUUCUUAGCUACUGGCUGUGAACGGUAGCAAUAAGGUAGAGGAAUCUCUCAUAUUAUAUCAGGCAAGAGAGGUCUACAAAAGAUGAUGCAAGUUGAAAGUAGGAGCAAGCAUGUAAAUGUUGGUACAAAAUGCAGAUGAAAGAAGGGAAGGAUAAUAGGGGGACCAGGGAGGCCAAACUUGCACCCCUACAGUUGGGCGACUGCCCUAAAUAAGGCUUUUACCAGAACUUGAACAUACAUAUCGCUAAAACGGAUGGAUAAACUGUACGAAAGAAGCUGUACAAUUUAAUCCAAAGUAGAAGAGCAUUCUGAAUCUAGUCUCCGAAGUGGGGGGUCACUUUCUUUGUUCCUAUCCUACCGAGCCACAUUC